AUGUCGUCCACAAUCCUCGGCUCGGAUGCAGACAAAUCUCCCAUCUAUUUCUGGCGCGAGUACGACGAGCCGUACGGCUUUCUUUCGCAAUGGUACGAUUGCGCCUUCCAACACGAGGGCGUGACGUACCGCAGUGCCGAGAUGUGGAUGAUGGUGCAGAAGGCGAAGCUCUUCGGUGACGCGGCGAUAGCCAACCAGAUGCUCGCAGCUCCCACCCCGGCCGAGCACAAGAAGCUCGGAAGGAAAGUCAAAAACUUCAAUCACGACGUCUGGGACGAGCAUAAGAGCCGCAUCGUCGAGGAGGGCAACUGGUGGAAAUUCACCAGCAGCAAGGAACAGAGUCAGCUACGAGAUCGGCUGCUCGCGACGGGGGACAGGGAGCUGGUUGAGGUGGCGCCCAGACCCGCCCUUCCUGCAAGACCCGAGGUUGACCAUUUCUACUACAGGCUUCGCCCCCUAUUCCUAUGGCUGUAUGUCAACAUGUCUCUCCCCUACACAAACGACUCAUAUGACGAGCUCUACACCUACUGCGGGAAAACGAGACACUGCCAGACCGACAACCCCUAUGACGUUGAUAUCGCUGGCAUCGGAGUCCUUGUCUCUUUUAUUCUCACCGCAGCCUUCACUCUGCUGGCCAUCAUCAUCGGCUACCUUUGCGAAUGCCUGCCGGGAACCGCGACGAACCAUGUCGACCAGGCUGUGAUCGUGACCGUCACCACCUUUGUGAAGUUCUGUUUCCGCCCAAGUCUUUCCCGUAUUGCGAAGCUACGUGACCGUCUCUCCACAACAUCCCUGCGCCAGAAACACUUAGCAGCAGCGCUGACUAGAAAAUGCUCGGCCGCCUUGGAACGCUUCAUUCUUACCAUGAGCGACCAGCAGCUCGUCACCGGCAUCGCCAUCAUGGUCACCAUCUACACCAAGUCUUGCGACAUCUCCAUUUACUCGUUCCAGAUUGCCGCUGCUCUUGCCUGGUUCUCCUCCACAACCCACCUGGCCACCCUCACCCUCCUGAGGGCCUACUUUGACCAUCAUCGGAUAGCUCGCAACUUCCGCGCUGUCAUGAUGGUCAUGAUGAUGAUCAUGCUAGCUGCUGCCCAGAUCAUCAGUAAUUCAGAAAGUGUGCAGCACUCUUCUACCGACAUAUAUUUCGGCUGCGCUCUGAAGAAGUCCUUCAAGCUUUCCCCCAUCGACGGAUACGAGAUCACCAACUUGGUCCUGAUCAUCGCCUGGCUCAUCCAAUCCUAUUCGAGCAGAAUGAUCGCCAUAUAUUCUACGCAUACAAGUUCUUCGUAUAGCUGGCUCACCCGACAAAUCGCCUCUAUUUUUCACCUGGAGCUUGACGAGCCGACUGCCGAGGAUGACUCGCUGAGGAAACUCGAGGAAGUCAUGCAAGCUGUAGAUGGCCGCCUCCGUGAUGGGCCCCUCAGGCAAUGGCCACUUCUGCGCCGCUUUUGCGUGUGGUACACGUAUUUCUUUGCUCUCGCAGGUGCUGUCGAGCGAGCUUUCACCAACUCAUUCCUGUGGCAGCUCAUCAGACUCUUAUUUGGCGCCUCCUUUGGAAUUGGCCAAGUAAUAUCGAUCCGCAAGGACUAUCCCGUCGCGUAUCGUAGGGACCAGGAGACUGAGACACUCAACAAGUGGGGGUUCGGGCAGAUCCUCCCGCUCAUUUUUCUGGCUUAUCCCAUCCUUACAGGCUUGGAAGCAUAUUUCGAAGUGAAGGACGAGAUCGAGCGCCACAUGCUGAAUCGCCGUUCGACGUCCUCCAGCUCCCAGGAAGCACCAAGCGCCGAUUUCGUUGGACUGGGAGAAAAUAGCUCUACAACAGCAUUCGCCGCGGAGCCUGUGUCACAUGGUCUGACGAUCACGUCCACGACCGCCUCUGGAAGCGUCCAUGAUCUCCCACUGGCACGCAUCAUGCUGCUCUUUUACAUCCUUAUGUGGUUCAUCCUCUCGCAGCUACUUGCCAUCAGCGCCUCCACCAACUUUUCUGACCUGGGUUUAUUGAUACCACUCCUUGCGAUUUUAGCCGGCUUUUACAUCUGGAGUGUGGUAGUGUUUGAGGGGUUGGAGUUGGUCAAUGCAGCUAACAAAAAAAGGAAGGAGAAAAAGCGAUCCCUACCGGAUAUCGCGGAAUGA